CUCAGGUGACAGACAGCUCUCAGCUGUGGCCCCGGAGUCGGUCAUACGGGCUUCUCGGAGCCGCAGAUCUCCAGCCGGCAGCUGUUACACCAGGAAGUGCACGCAGACCUCCGGGGGACCAGAGGACGAGCAGAACCCCGGGUCCUGGAUCAGAGCCUGGUCCUGACGAGGAAGUAACGAGCACCAAACCCGGCUGUUCUCUUCCUGGACGGGGACGCGGACGCUUCCCGGCAGCUCCCCCCACUAACCCCGGGAGCAGGAGAGCAGAGCCGGGGGGAGAUCCAGGCGUGAGGAGAGCGUGCACGUGGCCCGGGACGCGGCCAUGGACCAGCAGCAGCAGCAGCGCAGCUCCAAGGUGGAGCGCUUCAUCCGGCUAGGCUACUCCCGCGCCGACAUUGUGCGCGUGCUGGAGAGCCUCCGGCACGACGCGCAGACCAACGACAUCCUGGAGGAGCUGAUCAAGAGGUGCCACGCGCGCAGCGGCAGCAGCAGCAGCAGCAGCGGGGGCAGGAGCGUGCACGGCCCCGGCAGCCCCAAGCUGGUGGCCCGGGGCUGCAGCCCCGCGCACGGCCAGAGCGCGCCCCCGGCGGAGCGCGACGCAGCCGCGCGCUUCAGAGCCGUGGUCAUCGACGGCAGCAACGUGGCCAUGAGCCAUGGUGACAAGAAGGUGUUCUCGUGCCAGGGCCUCCAGCUGGCCGUGAACUGGUUCUGGGACAAAGGCCUGCGUGACAUCACCGUGUUCGUGCCGUUGUGGAGGAAGGAGCUGCCGCGCCCUGAGGCGCCCAUCACAGAUCAGCACAUCCUCCAUGAGCUGGAGAACAGGAAGAUCCUGGUCUACACGCCGUCCCGCUCCGUCAACGGGAAGAGGGUGGUGUGCUACGACGACCGCUACAUCAUCAAGCUGGCCUUGGACUCGGACGGCAUCAUCGUGUCCAACGACAACUACCGCGACCUGCAGACGGAGAACCCCCAGUGGAAGAAGUUCAUCGAGGAGAGGCUCCUCAUGUACACCUUCGCCAACAACAAGUUCAUGCCUCCAGACGACCCUCUGGGUAGAAACGGUCCCGCCAUUGAUGACUUUCUGAGGAAGAAGGCGUGGACUCCAGACAACAGGCAGCAGCACUGCCCAUACGGAAGGAAGUGCACGUACGGAGUCAAGUGUAAGUUCUACCAUCCGGAGAGGACCAACCAGUCGCAGAUGUCGGUGGCUGAUGAGCUGAGGGCCCGGGGAGCCGCUGGAUUCCACCCGGAGCCCCGCUACGCUUCGCCCACGCCAGCGGACGACCUCCACCACAGAGUCCCGCCCAGCGACCUGAGGGACGGCGGCCCUGGGAGCCGGUCCAGCCUGGGCCCCCGGUCCUGCGACAGCUGGGACGGGGACGAGGCCUUCAGCUCCCUGGGCAGCGCCAUGUCCAGACUCCACGUGCACAGCAUGCCCAGUCUGGAGCCGGCCGUCCACAGCUGCAGCAGCGGCGUGGCCAGCUACGACGCCUCCGUGUCCGGCUCGUACGGCCAGAGGCCCGCUGGGAGCGGCCCGGGGUUCUACCCGGGCCAGAACGGGGACUUCCCCCCAUGCAGCCAGUGCAGAUGUGUUCCCCAGCAGGUCAGGGUGUCUGUCAGCCACCACCGCCCGGCGUGGAGCUCCUGCCCGGCACUGCCUCGGUACAGCAGCGAGCACCUGGACCCGUGGCUGCAGGACAGCCGGGCCCAGAGCCGGGCCCAGAGCCGGGCCCAGAGCCGGGCCCAGAGCCUGCAAUGCGACGACAGGAAGGACCUCAGGAACCAGCUGAGCACUCUGUUCCCGCUGAACCUGGUGGAGCAGGUGUUGAACGCUCACCCGCACGUGUCGGACAUGGCUCAGCUGCUUUCUCUCAUCCAGACCUACAGCGCCGCCCGCUUCUGAGCCCCGACUCGGAGCCAAACUUUUAUCCCUGGAAACUGAGCACACUGUGAACGUCUGUCUUUACUCCAGCCUUCGUGCUGGCACACUGAGGACGUCGUUUGAAGCAUUAAAAAAUGACUAGAUCUGGUGAAUCGUAUAUACCCGGGACCCCCUGGGCCCCCCCGGUAGCCCCUAGAUCCCCUGGACCCCCGGUACCCCCGGUACAGGGGCUACAUGUCCCCUGAGAACCUGAGAUCCGGCCGGGCGCCGGAAGCGGAUGUUAUUCCCUGAACAUAAGUGCAAUGCACUGGUCUCCAUCACCAGCUACGUCUGGAGCCUGAAAUACGUGCACGUGUUGUGCACGUGUCGUGUUCUCAUGUUGCCUCAAAGUGAGGAACUCUAGAUUCUGUACUUCUGUAAAGAACGUUGAUAAUUUCCAUUUGCUGUAGCUGUGAUAUAAAGAACUUGAACCACUCGGGCUGCUGGUAAUGAGCGUCU